AUGGAAGAAAAAGAUAAGGACAUGGACAAAAUGAGACAAGAGAUUAAUAAUCUUGGGGAACAAGUUUCAAAAAUACUGGAAUUGCUUUCAAUGGGGAAAGGAAAAGUCGCUGUAGAUACAGCACAAUCAAGUAAUCCAAUUCAAGACACAGAUGAUCCCAUUUAUCCUCCAGGAUUCACUCCAUACCACAUGAAUGUUUCGCAGUCUCAAACCACUCAACACUAUAUUCCUACGAAUCCGCUGUAUGUUGUUCCACCCAUUGUCCCAGGUGUAGAACAUUUGGAAGCUCAGGCUAAAAUUCAAGACAUGGGACAAAACGAGAAUACUCCGGCUAAGCAAAAGUUAGAUGUUUUGGAAGAAAGGUUACGAGCAAUUGAAGGGACUGAUGUCUAUGGAAAUAUAGAUGCAACACAAUUGUGCUUGGUGCCCGGCUUGAUCAUUCCAGCAAAGUUUAAGGUUCCUGAAUUCGAUAAAUAUGAUGGAUCAACGUGUCCAAGGAGUCAUCUUAUAAUGUACUGCAGAAAGAUGACAGCAUAUAUUAAUAAUGAUAAAUUGUUAGUCCAUUGCUUCCAGGAUAGCUUGACUGGUCCAGCUAGUCGAUGGUAUAUUCAAUUAGAUAAUGCACACAUUCACGUUUGGAAGGACUUAGCCGAUGCAUUUCUAAAGCAAUACAAACACAACAUUGAUAUGGCUCCAGAUUGUUUAGACUUGCAACGGAUGGAGAAGAAGAGUUCGGAAAAUUUCAAAGAAUAUGCUCAACGAUGGAGAGAUAUGGCUGCCGAGGUUCAACCACCAUUAACAGACAAAGAAAUGACAUCUAUGUUUAUGAAUACCUUGCGGGCUCCAUUCUAUGAGCGAAUGAUUGGUAAUGCAUCAACAAAUUUUUCUGAUAUUAUUGUUAUUGGCGAAAGAAUUGAAUAUGAGAUAAAACACGGGAGGUUAGCAGAGCUUACAACUGAAUAUGGGGGAAUAAAGAAAGGAACAAUAUCCAAGAAGAAAGAAGGAGAGGGUCAAGGUAGCAAAACCAGUUCAGAUACAUGGCGGUUUGAUCCGAUUCCCAUGACUUAUACAGAGUUUUUACCUCAACUAAUUCAAAAUCGACAGUUAGCUCCUUUUCCAAUGAUUCCUAUACAACCUCCUUACCCAAAAUGGUAUGAUUCAAAUGCUCGAUGUGAUUAUCACGCUGGGGGAGUGGGACACUCAACUGAAAAUUAUUUGGCUUUGAAAAGAAAGGUGCAAUCUCUAAUUAAUGUUGGAUGGUUGAGUUUCAAAAAAUCUGGUGAGAAGCCGAAUGUCAAUGAAAAUCCACUGCCUGAUCAUGAAAAUCCAAAAGUUAACGUUGUGGAUAGCCUUGUUGAAAAGUGUAAAAAUGAAGUCCAUGAGAUAGUGAUGCCUAUGGAAGCACUUUUUGAAGGUCUUUUUGAAGCAGGAUAUGUCAUAACAGGUCCUUCAGUUGAUAACAUUACAGGAAUCAGCGGGAUAACCCGAAGUGGAAGAUGCUACAAACCAGAUAACUUAACAGUCCCUUCAGAUGGUCUAAUACUGGAGCAAGAAUACAAAAAGCUUUUCACGGAUGAGGAAGCAAAUGAAUUCUUGAAAAUAGUAAAACAAAGUGAGUAUAAGAUCAUAGAGCAAAUGCAUCAUACUCCAGCUCGAAUUUCUUUAUUAUCGUUGUUUUUGAAUUCAGAGCCUCAUCGCAAAGUGUUAUUAGAUAUUUUGAACAAGGCACAUGUCGGACAUGACAUUUCAGUGGAAAAGUUUAGUGGAAUUAUUGGAAACAUUACAUCUCCAAAUUCCAUAGUCUUCACAGAUGACGAAAUUCCUCCUGAAGGCUUAGGCCAUACAAAAGCACUGCAUAUUCAAGUGAAGUGCAAAGACUACGUCAUUGCAAGAGUUUUAGUGGAUAACGGAUCAGCUCUCAAUAUAAUGCCUAAAUCUACACUAUUGAAGCUUCCCGUGGAUAUGUCACACAUAAAGUCAAGUACUAUGGUUGUGAAAGCUUUCGAUGGGUCGGGCAGAGAAGUAAUGGGUGACAUUGAACUACCAGUUAAAAUUGGCCCAUGUAUUUUCAACAUAGUCUUUCAAGUCAUGGAGAUAACACCCACAUACAGUUGUUUAUUAGGACGUCCUUGGAUUCACUCCGCAUGAGUGGUGCCAUCCACAUUGCAUCAAAAAUUGAAAUUUAUUGUUGGGAGUAAGUUGAUUUGCGUGAUGGGAGAGGAAGAUUUCUUAAUAACAAAGCCAGUCUCAACACUAUGUGUUGAAGCGACGGAAGAAGCAUUAGAGUGUUCUUUUCGCUCUUUUAAAAUUGCUCAUGCAACUAUGAUGGAAGCAACUGUAGAUGAAGUGAUAAAGCCACACAAGUCUAAAGUUGAAGUUAUGACCACUAGGAUAAUGGGAGGUGGAGGAUAUUCUUUGAAUAAAAACUUAGAGACACUUCUAAAAACACCGAGCAAUGAUGGGAGGUUUGGUUUGGGCUAUAAGCCAUCCAUAUAUGACAAGAUUAGGCUUCAGGAGAAAAAGAAGAAAAAGCGUUUGGCAAAGCUGGAGAUGAGGAAGUUUGAUCCAAGUAUAAAACGUAUACCAGAAUUAUAUGAUAUUUUCAAGAGUGCUGGUAUAAGUUAUUCAUCACACAACUCUGAUUUGAAGAUUGAUUUGUUAACGAAGAUGGGAAGUUUAUCAGUUGCAGCAGUGGCACAAGAAGCAUCAUUUGAAGGUAACACAGUUUAUGCAUGUCCGCCUGAUUUUGAGCUUAACAAUUGGGAUAGUGUAGAUCUACCUACAUUUUCAAGAGAUUUCCAAGAUUCUACCUUUGAUGCCUUAAUAUACACUAUGGAAUCUGACAAGGAAAGUGACGAUGAAGAUGAUGUGGGAAUAUCCUCAGAAUUGUUAAGAAUGGUAGAAGAAGAAGAUGAGGUUCUUGGUCCUCACCAAGAACUAGUUGAAGCAAUCAAUUUGGGUUCUCAAGAGGAGUCAAAAGAGGUAAAAAUUGGCACAUCAUUGGCCAGUGAAUCACGGAAAAAACUGAUCAAUUUGUUACGUGAGUAUUCAGAUAUUUUUGCUUGGAGUUAUCAGGAUAUGCCAGGAUUAAGUACGGAUAUUAUUGUACACCGAGUUCCUUUAAAACCAGAAUGCAACCCAGUGAGACAAAAGCUACGUAAAAUGAAACCUGAUGUACUGAUUAAAAUAAAGGAGGAAGUACAGAAGCAAAUUGAAGCAGGAUUCCUCACAGUCUCCAAAUAUCCUGAAUGGGUGGCAAACGUUGUUCCAGUGCCAAAAAAAGAUGGAAAAGUGAGAAUGUGUGUGGACUAUAGAGAUUUAAAUCGAGCCAGUCCAAAAGAUAACUUCCAUUUACCUCAUAUCGACAUGUUGGUGGAUAAUACUGCAGGAUACUCAACUUUCUCCUUCAUGGAUGGUUUUUUCGGAUAUAAUCAGAUCAAAAUGGCUAAAGAAGAUAGAGAAAAAACGACAUUCAUUACCCUUUGGGGAACAUUCUGCUACAAAGUAAUGCCUUUUGGUUUGAAAAAUGCUGGGGUAACGUAUCAGCGAGCAAUGGUUACACUUUUUCAUGAUAUGAUGCAUAAAGAAAUAGAGGUGUAUGUUGAUGAUAUGAUCGCAAAAUCCAAGGUAGAUGAAGAUCAUACAACCACACUCCAAAAAUUAUUUGAUCGGUUGAGAAAAUAUCAAUUGAAAUUAAAUCCAUCCAAAUGCACAUUUGGGGCAACUUCGGGAAAACUAUUGGGAUUCAUCGUCAGCGAAGAAGGGAUCAAAGUGGAUCCAGAUAAAGUAAGGGCUAUCAUGGAAAUGCCAUCUCCUAAAACAGAAAAAGAAAUUCGAGGUUUUUUGGGAAGAUUGAACUACAUAUCCAGAUUUAUCUCACAUUUAACACCCACAUGUGAACCAAUCUUCAAGCUCUUACGUAAAAACAACCCAGGAAAAUGGAAUGAGGAUUGUGAAGAAGCUUUCAACAAAAUUAAGCAAUAUUUGCAGAGCCCACCAGUACUGAUACCUCCAGCUCCAGGACGACCGUUAAUCUUGUAUUUAACAGUAUUAGAAAGUUCCAUGGGUGGUGUUCUAGGACAACACGAUUUAUCAGGGAAGAAGGAGCAUGCCAUUUAUUAUUUGAGCAAAAAGUUUACCAAUUAUGAAUCUAGAUACUCAAUGUUAGAGCGAACUUGUUGUGCUUUGGUAUGGACCGCUCAUUGUUUGAGGCAAUAUAUGUUAUACCACACGACAUGUCUUAUUUCAAAAAUGGAUCCAAUAAAAUACAUUUUUGAGAAACCGUCAUUAUCUGGAAGGAUUGCAAAAUGGCAAGUUUUGUUGUCAGAGUACGACAUUGUUUAUGUUACUAAAAAAGCAAUAAAGGGAAGCACAGUUGCUGAUCAUUUAGCUGCUCAACCAGUAGCAGAUUACGAACCUAUGAGGAUUGAUUUCCCGGAUGAUAACAUAUUUCUAAUUGAAAAGAAUGCUAGAGAUCAUGAGACAUGGACUAUGCUUUUCGAUGGUGCCUCAAAUGAGUUGGGACAUGGGAUUGGAGUUGUGCUAAUUUCUCCAGAAGGAAAGGUUUUCCCCCUAACGGCCAAGUUAUGUUUUGAAUGCACUCACAAUAUCGCGGAAUAUGAAGCUUGCAUUAUGAGACUUCAAGUAGCAUGUGAUAUGAGUAUUAAAAAGUUGAAAGUUUUGGGUGACUCGAUGUUAGUGAUACAUCAAGUCAAGGAAGAAUGGGAAACAAGACAUGCUAAAUUGGUACCUUACAGCCAAUACGUUACAAAAUUGUCUCAAAAUUUUGAGAAGAUUUCAUUUAACCAUGUUCCUAGGGAAGACAAUCGAAUGGCAGAUGCAUUAGCCACUCUGGCAGUGAUGUUUGAUCUUAAUCUUGAAUUUGAACUUCAUCCAAUCCAAAUUACAAAGCGAGAUGUGCCAGCAUAUUGCAUGAAUGUUGGAAAUGAUAACAAGCCAUGGUAUUUUGACAUUAAGCAAUACAUAAAGUGUAGAGAAUAUCCAUAUGAAGCUUCAGAAAAUGACAAACGCACAAUAAGGAGGUUGGCCAUGAACUUUUUCUUAAGUGGUGAAGUUCUUUAUAAAAGAAACCACGAUAUGGUGCUCCUUCGGUGUGUUGAUGAAAAGGAAGCAAAACAAAUUAUGACAGACAUUCAUGAAGGAAUAUGUGAAACACAUGCUAAUGGACAUAUGAUGGCUAGACAAAUACUUAGAUCCGGUUAUUAUUGGACAACGAUGGAAUCAGAUUGCAUAAAAUAUGCAAGGGAAUGUAAAAAAUGUCAAAUUUAUAUGGAUAAGAUCCAUGUAGCAGCAUCUCCAUUGCAUAUCUUGUCAGCAUCGUGGCCAUUUUUUUUAUGGGGAAUGGAUGUUAUUGGACCCAUUGAUCCUAAAGCCUCAAAUGACCAUCGUUUUAUUCUUAUGGCCAUUGAUUACUUCACUAAAUGGAUAGAGGCGGCAUCUUAUUGCAAUGUUACAAGGGGAGUAGUGCUCAAGUUUAUCAAGAAAAAGCUUAUAUGUCGUUAUGGUCUCCCAGAAGGUAUUAUUACGGAUAAUGCCAAGAACCUUAAUAACAAAAUGAUGGACGAACUUUGUGAGCAGUUCAAGAUCAAUCAUCGAAAUUCAACUCCAUAUCGCCCAAAGAUGAAUGGGGCAGUUGAGGCAGCUAACAAAAAUGUUAAAAGAAUCAUUGAGAAAAUGACAAUAACAUACAAAGAUUGGCAUGAAAUGCUACCGUUUGCGCUGCAUGGAUAUCGCACAUCAGUUCGUACUUCAACUGGGGCAACACCAUUUUCUUUAGUUUAUGGUAUGGAAGUUGUUUUACCUUUAGAAGUUGAGAUACCUUCAUUGAGAGUUCUCAUGGAAGCUAAGUUAGAUGAAGCUAAAUGGAUACGAGGUCGUUAUGAGCAGUUGAAUUUCGUUGAAGAAAAAAGGUUUGCAGCAUUAAAUCAUGGGCAACUUUACCAAAGAAGACUAAUGCGAGCAUACAAUAAGAAAGUGCAUCCUCGAAGCUUUCGAGAGGGAGAUUUGGUAUUAAAAAGAAUACUUCCGUUUCAAAAGGAUCAUCGAGGAAAAUGGACUCCUAAUUAUGAAGGUCCAUUUGUAGUGAAAAAAGCUUUUUCAGGAGGAGCUCUACUUUUGACUAAUAUGGAUGGCGUUGAGUUAAAAAAUCCUGUGAAUUCAGAUUAUGUUCGAAGAUAUUAUGCAUGA